AAACACAAAGAAAAAAAGGCAAAAGAGACGCAACUUAACAGUUUACUUUCCUCAUUUUUCCACAUCCUAAAACGUGCCCCCAAAGCUCAAGUUUCUUCCUGUUUAUAUUUUAUAUACGUAUAAAUAUACCUCCCAACAAUUCCCUUAUUCAUCCAAGAAUUUAUGAUCUCUGUAUCUGCUGCUCUUCUCAUUUCAUGUCAGUUUGAUUUCCCUGAUUCAAUCAAGAAUUCUUUUUUUCAUUGAUACUACUUCUCAAGCCAAGUUUUCAAUUCAUCUAGUUCAGUUUACCUCCCAUAUUUUGGCCAAGAACAGAAUGGAUCACAAGGCAUCACCCAUGGAGAGUGAAGGCAGUGUCCAUCUGCAGAUAUCUGAGCUCAACGUUAAGCUUAGCGAUGCCGGGAGCAUCAGCCCGACGAUAUUCGAGCCCCAGAUUAGCAGCAUCGAUGCUAAAACGAGCAGUACCACAAAUGCUGCAGGGGUGAUCAGGCCAUCGGUGAGAGCUCCGGAGAAAAAGCUGACACUUUUCGCGCUCCGUCUUGCUGUGCUGGAAAAAGCAGCAUCUGGGAUUGGAACUUUAGGAUUUAUCUGGGCUACAGUUGUUUUACUCGGUGGUUUUGCCAUCACUCUUGAUAGAACUGACUUCUGGUUCAUUACGGUUAUAUUGUUAAUUGAAGGGACUCGAAUUUUCAGCAGAAGUCAUGAGCUUGAGUGGCAGCAUCAGGCCACAUGGUCCAUUACUAAUGUUGGGAUCAACAGCUUUCGUGCUAUUAAGUCGAGUUCAAACUUCAUCAUCAAGACGGUGAAGGCGGUUUGUAGGCCGGUAGUUCCCUCCAGAAUAGGCAGCAACCAGCGCAGGGAGAUAUCGGGGAGUGGAAACCAGGCGAGCUGGAAGAAUUGGGAUGGGCAGAGGAUGCCUACUCGAACGUGGAUGAGUUCUGAGGUCCCUCUUCUUCCUUAUGCACCAUGGGUGUUUAUAUCCAGAAAUGUCAGCAAGCUUUUGUACUGGCUGCAACUAGCUUCUGCCACGGCCUGUGUAGUUCUGUCUCUGAUUAAGCUCGUGCACCGAAACUAUGGGGAUAUAGAAAAGGGAGAUUCAGAUAAGAGGAACAGGAAAUCUGCUCUGAUUAUAUUCUAUUCGUUGGCCUUGGCUGAGGCACUGCUGUUUCUCUUGGAGAAAGCCUACUGGGAAUGGAAAGUCAGUGUUAGAAGGCUACUGGAUUCUGUGAACAAAGAGUGUGAAUUGGGGGAGUCUGGUUUGAUCUCAAUCAGGAGGUUUUUCUAUGAUGCAUACUCGAAAUGUGUCAACGGGAGCGUCUUUGAUGGCUUGAAAAUGGACAUGGUUUCGUUUGCAAUGGAACUCCUGGAUUCUAACUCCCCUGAUGAGCAGCUGAUUGGAGCAAGAAUCUUGAGGAAAUUCUCCACAAGUCCACGGUUUUCUGAAGAUACUCUCCAGAAGAUUGGGAUCAAUUUAUCUGUGAUGGAAAGAUUGGUGGAGAUGUUGAACUGGAAAGACUCUGAAGAAGAAGAGAUCAGGUAUUCAGCCGCAGAAAUCUUGUUGAAACUGGCUGGUAAACGGCAGAACUCGCUAAGGAUUGCUGGAAUCCCAGGUGCCUUGGAAUCGAUAUCGUCCUUGCUGCAUGCCAGCCGGAGCCACAAUGGAGCAUGCGACGAGAUAUCUGAGAAGAGAAUUAUCUUUGAUAAUGAAAACUAUGGCUCCUGGUCUUUCAAUCAUCUGGGACUUCAAAUUUUGAAGAAACUUGCUCGUGACCAUGAUAUUUGUGGAAAAAUUGGCCAUACAAGAGGGCUCUUGCCGAAAAUUAUCGACUUUAUACAUGCAGAAGAGAGGCUACUGAGGCAUCCAACGGCUACUCCGUCUCAGAUUGUGACAGUGAAACGAUCUCUGCAGGUUCUGAAGAUGCUGGCCAGUACCUCAGGUGAUGCAGGAAAGCAACUCAGGAAAGAGAUUUCAGAGAUAGUUUUUACAAUUAGCUAUAUCCGAGAUAUACUGAGACACGGAGAAAAGCAACCGGAGCUGCAAAUACUGGGAAUAGAAAUAUUAACAAGCCUGGCAAUAGAAGAGGAUGCAACGGAGAGGAUUGGGGGCACAGGAGGAGUUCUUAAAGUAUUGUUCGACAUUUUCUUGAAUGAUGGGAUACCGGAAAAUCAGAGUCAUGUCAGAAAAGUCGCUGGAGAAGCACUAGCUAUGCUGGCACUGGAAAGUAAGAAUACAUGCCAACGGAUUCUGAAGUUAAGGCUAAAUGAGAAUCUGAUAAGAGCUUUGGAAGCUCCUUUGCUCCGCAUAAAUGCAGCUAGAAUUUUGAGGAAUUUAUGUGCUUACAGUAGAGGCGACUGCUUUCAGCAACUAAAAGGACUAACUGCUGCAGCUCCUACUAUCCUUGAAGUUAUCAUGAAAGAAGAGAACAAACUGCAGGAGGUAAUGAUUGGAGCAGCAUCAUGCAUUUUCAAAUUUAUGAGUUCCCAAGACUCAGAAACCAUGUUCAGGAAAGCUGGAAUUAGAGAAUUCGACCUGGCUCAUCGUCUUCUCCUGAUUCUGAAGAAAUAUGAGUAUCCAUCAAUAAAAGUUCCAAGCAUAAGAAGGUACACGAUAGAGUUGGCUAUUUGGAUGAUGAGAGAAAAUAACACAAAUGUACGAACUUUUCAGACUCUGGGACUCCAGAAGGAGCUCGAGUCUGUUAUGGAGACAACUUCGGAGCUGGAGAGUUUUAAUAUUUUCUCUGGAACUGUUGGCCUCUGUCGGCACAGAGUAGAAAUGCACACACUUGUUGAAACAGCAAUGAAGUUGCUGGAAGAAGAUACAUGUGUUCCCAUAUAAGCAAGGGAGAUAAUCUUCCAGAUGCAGAAGCAAGAAAGUUAAGCUCAUUGUUUGAUUUUUAAAUUCUGAAGCACAUAUAGAGCAGGCCUAUUCUUUUGUUCUACUUUUGCUUGAUAUAUCUAAUAAUUGAUGUACAUCUCAAAGCUGAAUAAAAUAUUUAAGUUUCUGACUCUUGAUAAUCUCAAAGUCAGACGGCAUUCUUUUCUUGCA